AUGAAUGUGCUGAAGACACAGAUGAAUGUCAUGAGCAGGCCACGUGUCAAAACACUCUCGGAAGUUAUCGGUGUAUGUGUAACCAAGGAUGGUUUGGAAAUGGGACAUUUUGUUCAGGUAAACGUUCUUGCAAAGGUUUAUGUCUAUACAGUCAAACAAAUCAUCACUAAUAGUUGGAAGGUCCCUGAAGUUAUAAAGUUAAGAUGUUUAAAAAUCAGGCCUAAUUAGCUGUCAAAUUCCUUUUCAUAGGAAAAAUGAAAUUACGUGGAAAUUUAAUUAAACAAAUGGCCUUUCUAGAAACAUACCAGGACGUUUUGAAGCUUGGCACACGGUUCGAUUUAGUCGGCCGAUUUUAACAGUACAAUUGUUUCAUUAAUUACCCAAUUAUGAUUAUUAUGAUUUUGAUUAUUAUGAUUUGUUUUAUUAAUUACCCAAUUAUUAUUAUUUUAUUAUUAUUAUGAUUGGAGCAUAAAUAUAGUUUGCAAAGCUUAUAAACCACAGUGUCACAAGAUGAAUUUUGAUUGUGAAGAAUAAUCGAUAUACUGGAACACAACGGAAAUAUUCAGCCGAUAAGAGUCGGGAUUAAAUAUUCUUUUAUGCAAUUUUAAUUAUACCGGAUCCUUCUUGGUCUUGUUCAGGUUCAACAUUUAUAUUCGAUUUCGGUAAAAAAAACGAGGCCGAGAAGGCUUUAUAAAAUAAUUUAUAAAUUUAAGUUCUUUGAAUGUUUGCAUGGCGAUAAAAUAUAAUUGUUUUUGUUUGUGGAAACAGCACGUAAAUUUAUUACUGCAAAGCUUUCGAUCCGUAAGCCCGGAUCUUCAUCAGUGCUAAUAAUAUGUGACUUGUUUGUGACUUGUUUUAAUAUGUGACUUGUUUCUUGUUUUCUUGCUAAUAAUAUGUGACUUGUUAUGACGCGAGCCAACAGAUCACGACACUCUUGUAUAUAAAAAGAGCGUGUGAAUUAAACAAGUCACAUAUUAUUAGCACUGAUGAAGAUCCGGGCUUACGGAUCGAAAGCUUUGCAGUAAUAAAUUUACGCGGUGUUUCCACAAACAAAAACAAUUAUAAUUUAUAAAUUUAUUAUAGUAAAAAAUAUUUUUAAAAAAGUGUAAAAAAUAUCCCGGUUUAUCAUCAGCGCCCGCAUCCAUUUUUCGUGCCGCAUGGACUUUUUCAUUUUUUAUUUUUAACUAAAAAUCACUAUUUCCGGCGGAUCGUGCGAGGAACCCACGCGAGAUUUUUACGAUGAUCGCCCAUUUUGAAAACACGAGUUCAUAUUGACAACGUGCAUGCUAUUGCGCUUGGGCCUUGGCAAUUGUAAUAUUAAUGAAAAGUGUAAUAUACAGUAGCCAUUGAAAAUAUUAUACCAUACAACUGUGCUGCGUGUUUGAGCAUAUUUAUUCCGUGCACCUACUAAAUGUGAUUCGGUAAAUAUUAAAAAAUAUCCGCCCGCCGGCACGAGUUUUUUCUGCUGCCACUUAUGAUAAACCGCGAUAUUUUUUACAUGGCCUAAAAAAAUAUUUAAACCAAUCUUUAUUAUUGAUGGGCAAAUAAACAUGCUUCCAACUCACACCGCUCAUCCAAUAGUAUUACAGAGAUUAUCGCCCAUAUUCUAAAAGCUCACUCACACUCAAUGAGUGGAGGUUCAAUCUGAGCUUCUCUUGAGUGUCAAUGCUGUUUUUGAAUAGCUGGAGGGUUAGUGUCGUACCUAAAUAUGCGACUACUCACCCUCCAGCUAUUCAAAAACAGCAUUGACACUCAAGAGAAGCUCAGAUUGAACUUCCACUCAUUGAGUUUGAGUGUGAGUGAGCUUUUAGAAUACGGGCAUAUAUGUUUGGUCAUUUUCACCGUUUUCGCUGAGCUUAUUUAUUUUGCCAUACUAAACUCAGUUGGAAAAAUCUCGGAGAAAAACAGUCGCCUCAGUAUUUUGGUUUUUCACAAAAAACGCUAUGGAAAUUCAACAGGCUGUCGUGCAUCAUAACCUUAGCUAUAAUUCAAUUUUCACAUAGGACGAAUGAGCUGUUAUUUAGCUUCUCUAUGAUACCUUUUUUAAAUUGUAACGAUGAGAAAUGGCCACAUAUACACGUCAAAUAAAAUUGCCGGUCGAAAUCACAUUCUUCCACCUUUGGGAAUUGAAAACACAUUAAUUAUGCAAAGUUAGUCAAUCCAAAAGCACCGCGAGCCUGCUGCAAGCAACCUGCAAGCUGUUUGUUUCGUAAAAUGUUUUGAUUACGAAUCUUCUCUGUUUUAUGGACGUUCUCAAUGAGUCAUUGUGGCCAUUUAUCAUCGUUACGAUUUAAAAAGAGUAUUAUUGAAAAGCUAAAUAACUGUUCUUUCGUGAAUUGUUUAGCCACGUUUAUGAUGCACGACAGCCUGUUGAAAUUCCGUAGCGCUUUUUUUGUGACACCCUGUAUAUUUCUCACACGCACCAUUUUUGAAGACUCCUGCUGCAAAAAUUUGAAUAGAUGCACAACUGAGUAUAGUCUUAAUGUUAUUUUUGACCACGAAAUGCUGUCAAUCGUUUCAAUUAAUUAAAUACGUUAAAUUUAUUUUUGUUGUUUAGAUAUCAAUGAAUGUGACCAAGUCAAUGACUGCCAUACUAAUUCUGACUGUAUUAAUAAUGUCGGAUCUUAUGAUUGCCGAUGUAAGCCCGGUUUCAGAGGCGAUGGAAAGACUACGUGUGACG